AUAUAUGCUUCUGGUUUUGCAAAAUCAGUAACAACCAUCACACCUACAAACUUCCAUAGAAAGAAAGGAGAGAAAAAUGGAAGUUCUUCGACAUUUUAGCCAUGUUCAUCCUCUAGUUUUCAAUGAUGAAAGAAAUCAUGAAAGUGGGGAGGUUUUCUGCUGUGCGUGUGGGGAGUUGGUGUCAGGUCCAAGGUUUAGUUGCAUGGAAUGUGAGUUUCAUCUUGACAAAAACUGUGCUGAGGCACCUGUUGAGAUGGAUCACCACUUUCAUCGCAAACAUAACCUUAAGCUUAUGCCAAUCUCUCCAUAUGUUGAAGGUAACCCUAUUUGUGGUUUCUGCAACAAAAAAUGGACUAAAUUGGAGGCGAAAAGUAAAUUCAACGGAAAAAGCGUCGAUUUGGAGAUUAAAUGGGCCAAUAUGCAACGUGGGACAAAUAUGGUGCCAAAAGUGCGAACAUGGAAGGCACAAGGACUUAAAAGCAAAUAGAAGAGAUUUUAUUUUGGAAGACUAUUUUAUUUUAUUUUAUUAGGAUAAUUAAUAUUAAGAUAAUUAUUAGGAUUAUUCAAAUUUAGGAUUUUAUUUUAAUUAUCUUUGUUUAUCUUUAAUUAAAUGUAUUUAUCUUUUUAAAAUUUAAGUUCAAUUAGACUA